AUUAUUAUCUGUGCACGUAGUCGAACACUGCUGGUUUUGCUUAUUUUGCUCAAAUUCCUUAGAUUUUAUUUGUUAGAAGUAACUUAGAACCGUUAUUUUAAUGGAAUAAUUAAGAAGUAUAAGUAGAAGUAAGAAUACGUAACAAGCUUGCGUUAGAUAUGUUAUUUUUAGGCUGUUAUAGCUCCUGUUGAUGUAUACCAAGUAUUGUUGAUAUUGAGACCGGGGGAUGGUGUUCAAUGUGUUGUGAGGUAGUUCAACAAUUCAACAUCCUGAGACAACAUGCAUGAGCUCCUGAAGCACGUGCUGAACGAGAGAGACCUCACUCGGGCUGGUGAUCUCUUCGCCAUCCCGGAUUCCGACAUAGUAGAUGACCUAAAUGAAGUUCUAAAACAAAUCACAGAAAUAUCAUCUCGUGCUGACUAUGUACGCAACGACCGAGACCAAGCCCUGAUAGAAAUAUGUGUAACGAGAGUGACUUCAUGUAUCAAAGAGACAGGGACACUAGAAAAGUACUGCAGACCCCUGAUAGUGCUGCUAGAGUCCUGCUUGCACCAUAACCUUAUGCCACUCGGGCACUUGAGGGAUGAUGACCCGCCUCAUGCAAAAAUUGCAUCCGAUAUCAUCGCAUGCAUUGUUUUGCUUUCAUUCCCAGUGCAGGGCGACAAAGAGGAUUACGGUAACAAGAAUGUGAUGGAGCUGUUCCUACCGGUGGCGGUCCAGUUCUUGCACAAAGGCAACCGGGAGAUAUCCCGCCACAUGGCCCGCUAUCUCUCCUUGGCCGCAGUACACCAUGCCAUGCUGCUGAAGCCGCAUGUGCAGACUAUCAUGGACUCUAUUAUGUCGGGAAACUACCCAUUAUGUCGUAUCCUGACAAACCUCUAUGAGGUCUGUCCGGAGCCCCUGGAGGCCCACACCUCAGCGCUGGUCUCUCUUCUACCACAUGCGGAGCAAGUUGAGAAGAACUCCUUGUUUGCUCUGUUCGAACAAAUCGCCGCGAGGAGGCCUGAGGCGCUGAAAAAUUGCAUAUCUCAUCUGUUGUCUUAUUUGUGCCCUCACACAGCCAGUCCGAACGAUCCGGGAUGCAUGUGUAUUGAUAUACUUGAGCUGCUGGUAUGCGUGAGCCGCAGCCGCGCGAGCCUGGUGGCGGAGCACGGCGCGGCGCUGAGGAACGCGGCGCGGCCCCCGCACGCGGCGCCGCGCGCGCAGGCGCUCGUCGCCGCUGUGCUCACGCAGCGCGGCUACACCAGCCGGGAGUUGGCCCAACAAGCUUUGAACUUCAUCCUGGAGCGUCUUCCGUACGCCGAGCGCGGACAGCAAGCGGCAUUACUCCGCGAGGCCACAUCUCUGUGCAGCGCCUACCCCGCACUCUUCACCGACAGCCUGCUCACCGCCGUGAGAGCUAAGAACAGCGAAGUGAACCGAACUCCCGGCGGGGUGACGAUCGUCAAGCUGACCGGGUCUCAGCCCCCGCCGCCCCCGCCGGUGGCCCCCGCCGCCCCCGCGACCCCCGCCGCCCACGCCGCCACCGCCUCCCACGCCGCCCACAGCACCACCAGCACGCAGACCGGCUACACCAGGAGAGCCAAGCUGGGGGACUCCAGGUCUACCGGGAGGCUGCAUCCAGGGCCCAACUCGCAUCGCAGCAUGACCAGGCUUAAUGUUGCAGGUGGCUCCGUGGGAGGUCUUCACAAGAGUAUGACACGGUUGUCGUCAUCGCAACAGAUCAACUCACAAAACGUCAACAACGCACAGACAGGCACAGCGAUACCAAAGCCGGCCCCUCCGCCCACGGCGUGGUCAGCGUCGCGGUCGGCGGUCACCGUGACCACCACGCAGGCGGCGCGCAGGCAUCUACACAGCAUUGUUAUAGCCAACACUAAUAACACCGUCCCGCCAAUCGCGUCGCCGUCGCUUCAAACGCAGUCCAUAUCAGUGAGCGGCGUGUCGGGCGAGCGGGCGGUGACGUCAUCGGUGACGUCACCGGUGUGCGCGCAGCAGGGCUCGCUCGGGCUCGUCACCGUCUCCAGCGCCGGGCCCAACCCCGUCUCUAUAUCCGGUCCCGUGACAGUGACGUCACGUCGCGCCAACAACACAAGCGUGACAAUGAUCAACUCUAACUCAUCAAACUCCAACCAUCGCAUCAGCGUGUUCGAGCCGUACCCCAUGAGGGACACCGUGCAGCAUUUCUGCGAGAAACACCUCGACAAGAUCAAGGCGUAUAUGGAUAAUGUGUCUUUGAGGCUGCCACCACCGGCCAAAUGUACAAUUGAAGAGCGGCGCUCCAAGAAGCAGGCGCGCCUGCAGUUCGCGUGCGGGCGGCGCGGGCCGCACUGCCUGUACGCGCGCGCGCCCUUCGGCAUGCGCACGCGCGCGCCGCGCGUGUGGAUCCACCUCAUGUUCCUGGCGCUGCAGGCGCGCCACGCCGCCGCGCUGUCCUCGCGCGACGCCGGCGUGGCCGCGCUCAAGCACUGCUGGGACACGCUCAAGUGCGAGAACAAGACGUUCCUCACGCUGGUCACGGGCGCCUUCCCGGGGCUCAAGGAGCAAGAAAUGCUGCUGAACGAGCUUCGCAGCGCGGGUUUCUUCGACGUGUUCGAGCUGAACGCCGAGGCUGGCGACGGAGCCGCAUUGCCUCCCACACAGGCGACGUGGGGUUGCUUCCUGUGCAACCACCCGGAGCGCGCGGUGGGGUUCCUGGCGGGCGGCGCGCCCGUCAUCGAGGGCCAGCUCAAGGAGAAGAAGGGCCGCUGGCGGCUGUUCCGCCGCUGGCGCACCAGGUACUUCACGCUAUCCGGCGCGCAUCUCUCUUGCAAGAGCGGCACAGAAAGCAUCGACAUCAAUCAGAUCCGCUCAGUGAAAGUGUCUCGCGGCGCCCGCAACAUCCCCAAGGCCUUCGAGAUCUUCACGGGAGACCAGACCCUCAUUCUGAAGCCAACGGACGGUAAGGACGCCGAGCAGUGGGCGCAGUGCCUCAGCAUCGCGGCCGCACAUUCUCACGCACGCGACGCGCCGGCCAAAGCGAAUUCGUUACCGGCGCGAGGAUUCACCCUUAAAGGAUUUUAAUAAUAUAAAUUUACAAAAAAAAAAAAGGUGUUCUAAAAAUUUUAAAUCUAAUAGUAGAUUCACCCUUAGAGAAAUUAAAAAAUAAAAAUUUUCUCUUAAGGGAUUUUUAAAACAUAAAAUCAAACAAAUCUCCUGGGUGAUUCACCUUCGAGGCACCUUAACAUCGUUGUAGCAAGUUAAAUUGGCCGGCGAAGGGUGUACUCGUUAAUUUUUAAAACUUAAAUGAACUCUAGAAUAACUCUUAUAAAUUGUAUGAUUUACAGUCAAUAACUAGUAUAGUUUCUCAUUGCAGGUUUUUGUAAGGUGUUUGAGAUUAAUACCAGAGUGUGCAAGAUCGAUUUGGUCAGAUUUACUUUUCAGAUAAUUUGGAUUAUCCUUAAAAAUGUUGGUCAAAUGUAACAGCUUAAAUUGUUAAUUAAAACACUCUAAGGUCCAUAUAACGUGUGUUAUAAAGCUUGAGUAACUUGUUGUAUGUAGGCAGCAGAGGAAAAAAUUUAUAUGCUAACUUAUAUACUUUUUAAAGACAGUCACGCUUAGUAACUUUUUGUAUAAUAUGACCUUUACAUUGAGAUACAUUAUUCGGAGUCCUUAUGAUAUUAACCGCUCCAAUAAUGGUAUUAAACAUGCCGAUCUCGUUAGAAGCUCAUAGAUUGAGCUUUGCCAAAUUAUGUAAUUAAGAUAUAUCUACAGGUAUUUUAUAUUAAUCCAUUUAUUAACGUAAAUGUUAUAUUGACUGAAAUAAUAAACUGUGAAAUGACUGACGAUUAAGACUUGUUGUAACGCUGCAUUUGAAAGGAUUAUAUAUAGUAGAUUGCUAGAUGGUCCCUUGAGAUUAAUAUAAAUAUUUAGUGUAAGACGCAACUUUCGCAAAAUGGCGGCUUCGCAAAAUGUACAGUCGAAGAGAAACGAUAAAUUUGUAUUCAGGUUUAAUAUCAUCUGUUCAUGAAAGUAUUUUGAGCAGGCUUUGUAAAUCAUCAUCAAAAACGGAAUUUUAUUUUUUUCUUUACUAAUAUAAUAUUCAUCUCGGAAUUUAAAUAUUCGGCGAAGAAUUUAGAUAGCACUUGAUAGUGACUUUCCAAUGAAAUGAAAUUACAUAAAAUUUUGACAACCUAAUAAUUUAUUAAUUUUCGACGAACUCGUGAAAUGUCGACAAUUUAAAUGCAUCUUAAAACGUGCACUUCUCGAAAAUGCACAUUAUUAGGAUGACUUACAUUUUUUUUAACUUAUAUCUAUUUGUAAUUUAAUAUUUUUUUGAGACCGCUAUCAUAUUUUGUACAUUUUGCAUGGUGUCCGUUUUGCGCCACUUAUCAAAUGAGACUUAAAGUUUAACAUUACAUUAAACAUUGCUUAAAGAAUAAAUAUAUCGAUAUUUAUAUUUAUAAAAGGAGGCGAGUUUAUUGAUGAGAAUACACAAAAUAUGCUUAGGUAUAUAAGUAUAUCCCUGCUCAUAAAUAUUAUGUGAUAACGAAUCAAUCACAUUCCCUGUAAGGUACGAUUUAUGAUGUACUUAAUUUUUAAAUUGUGAAAAUUUUAUAUUAUCUGUAAAUAUUGUUUGCUUUUUUUAAAUAUACGCGUGCGCAAGUGCCUUAUUCGUAUUCAUGACAGCGGUUAUUACGUGUUACUUGAAGUACAAUGAACCUAAUAUUACGUUAAUGAUUUACUUUAAGACUUUGUAGAACUUUGAAUAAAUGUCUAAUGAUUAUGUAUUAGACUAGUUGUUCAAAAGUUUAAAGGCCUUUUAAAAGCCUUAUCACUCGAACAUAAAGUUCAAAUUUAGUUAUAACCUUAAAAAGAUUUAACGAUUAAUUGAGAUUCUUGGGAUGUCAAAGACUGAGAACUGGUCAUACUGAACAUUUUGAGAGACCGUGUGAUUCUAAAUGAGCAUUCCUUUGUCCAACAGACACUCUUGGCGUUUAAAGAAAUUAUUAUGAUUUCAAAUUUUAUUAAUUUUAGUGGUUGUAUUUACAAAAAUGACAUUAUUUAAGACUAAUUUUAAUGCUUUAUUUUACAGUUGAAUAUUUAAAAGCAUUUUAACAUAACCGGACCCCCGGCUCAAGGAUGAAAUUAUACCUUGAAGCAUAACUUUUAAUUUCUUAACUCUCGCGCUGUCACUUAAAAUCACUUUCAGGGACACAGUUAAAGUGAAAUUGAGUGUUCAACUGUUAGUUUAUUUGAUAUAGAAUUGUAAGUAUGUAGGUAUUGUUUAAAUUGUUCAGAUUUACUUGCCAUGUUUAUUUUAUAUCUAAGUAAAUGCACAAUAUAUGACGUAGUGUAUAGCUAAUGGUUGUGUUUGUCUGCUUGUUUGUUAGACCCUGCGUCCUAAAGACUCUUUUUUCCGCCCACACCAAAUGUCUAGUGUUCAUUUUGACGUUAGUUUUAGGUUUAUUUGUUUUAGCUUUACUAUGCGGCAAUAUAACAAAUGCUAUAUUUAAUGGAUAAUGUGCAGUUUGGCGGGGAAUUAAGGUAUUUGUUAAGUAGAAAUGUUUAAAUAUCAGGCUGUGCUGUGCCCGAUAAAGAACAUAACACAUUGCGGUAGGAGCUAUAGCGUAUAACUUAAUUCCCUGUCACUGCCUAAAAUAAAUUUUUACUCUUGCUUGAUCGGAUUUUAUUUCAGCGGUGCUUUUACUAGCUUCAUAAUUUUAUAAUGAAAAAUAAAUACGUGUUCUACAAGAUGGAGAUGAUAUAUGUUUAUAUCAAGUUUUUUAGAAAAUGUGUGUUUAUUGUUAAAUACUAAUAAUAACUACUUUUGAAGGUUUCAAUUUGUCAGUUUCAAGUUAAUUAUAUUACUUAGUUUUCUUUAAACAUCCAUAAUAACAAGCGUACAUCGUUAGCUAUAAUAACAAUUAUAAAAUAAAAAGAACUUUUGUUUGUAAAUUUAUGUAUUGAAAUAUACAAACGGCUCAUGUUAUAAGCUAUUAUUGUACAGACGGAUAUUUAUAAAAUUUUAUACAUGUUGAUUAAGUUUAAGCUUAGCUUUAGUUUCAGGAACCUUAUGAAUUUGGUGCUACUUAUUGUAAGUACACGUAAUCCGAAAAAAUCACUAUAUUUGAA